AUGUCAACCAUUCAGCAGUUGAAGAACUUUAUUCGGCACGGCAAGCAAGCCCGCGCCGCCAACGAAGAGGCCGUCCGAAAGGUCGAUUCUCCGCCCAGCAAGCAGCCCAACACCCACGACAAGAGAAAAUCAGUUUCCGAUCCUCUCGUCCCUCAGUCCGUCGCUGCCGAACUCCUCUCCGAACCUGCCGAAAAGGUGGCUCGCAAGGAGGACUCCGCCACCAAGCGCGCAAGCAGACGUGUUGACGACGCCAACCUCGCCAAGCUCGUCGCCGAAGAAAAUGCCUCCAGGACAAAGUUCCCCCAAUACCCCGGCCUUGAGCGAUGGGUCCUCCUGGAGAAGAUGGGCGAUGGCGCCUUCAGCAACGUCUACCGUGCUCGUGAUACUGAGGGGCAAUAUGGCGAAGUCGCCAUCAAAGUUGUCCGCAAGUACGAGAUGAACAACAUGCAGCGCGCCAACAUCCUGAAAGAAGUUCAAAUCAUGCGCCAGCUCGACCACCCCAACGUCAUUAAGCUUAUUGACUUUUCUGAAUCAAAGCCCUACUAUUAUAUUGUUCUGGAGCUUGCUCCUGGUGGCGAGCUGUUCCACCAGAUUGUUCGCCUCACAUACUUUAGCGAGGAGCUUUCAAGACAUGUCAUCGUCAAGGUUGCCAAGGCCCUCGAGUACCUGCACGAGGACAAGGGUGUCGUUCAUCGCGACAUCAAACCCGAGAAUAUUCUAUUCAACCCUAUCGACUUCCUCCCUUCCAAAGUCCCCAAGCCUAGGCAGCCUGGCGACGAGGACAAGGUUGACGAGGGCGAAUUUCUUCCUGGCAUCGGCGCUGGAGGUAUUGGUGAGAUCAAGAUUGCCGAUUUCGGUCUGUCCAAGAUUGUGUGGGACAAGCAAACUAUGACACCUUGCGGUACCGUUGGUUACACUGCUCCCGAGAUCGUCAAGGAUGAACGCUACUCCAAGUCUGUUGACAUGUGGGCGCUCGGAUGUGUCUUGUAUACAUUGCUCUGCGGCUUCCCUCCCUUUUACGACGAGAGCAUCGAGAUUCUCACGGAAAAGGUAGCCAAGGGCCAAUAUACCUUCCUCUCGCCCUGGUGGGACGACAUCUCCAAGUCGGCCAAGGAUCUCAUCUCACAUCUCCUGACUGUCGACCCCGAGAAGCGUUACACCAUCACUGAGUUCCUUGCCCAUCCAUGGGUUCGUGCAAGCGGUCCUACGCCACGAGAGGAGCGCAAACCCGAAGCCCCGCUUCGCGCCUUUGACCCUUCAAAGCUGGACGACGGCAGACGACUGGAUUUCCGCUCUCCCGGUGCGGUCAACCUGCGAGAAGUUUUCGAUGUCGGCUAUGCUGUCCAUCGCCAAGAAGAGGAGGCCAAACGUCGAGCUCAGAUCGGCGCCCGUGCUGGCCCAGGACGUCCCUUGGGUGGCUUGAAUGAGGAAGACGAGGAAGAGGAGAUGGAAGUCGACAAGCAGGCUCAAGGCAGCGCACGUGUCCUGGAACAGGGCAUGCGCAAAGCCAGCAUUCAGGACCAAGACACCAAUCCUCGCGGCAGAGAACGGGAACGCGCCACCAACGAGAAGGGCUACGGCCAGCACUCAUCAGCAGUCACAGCAGCGGCGAGGCAACAGGUCCGUGACCGGAAUCGCAAUAAGGGACCGUUUGAACUCAACCUGGACAACGCGACUCUGCUAGGAAAGAGGGGAAAGAAGAUGCCCGCUGUUGGCGCAUGA